CGUCUCAUUCUGGCCCUCUUGACAUUCAGAAGACCACCGAUGAGGGACGAAGAGGCUAAUUUGUGAUCUUUUUAAAGGGCUUCUGUCGCUUGAACGUGUGAGGAUGUCGGGGAAGUCUCCGCAGACCAGCGAACAGCCUGCAGUCAGCUACGAGUCCGUUUUCGUGAGACUCGGGAAAAGAUAGAACAAGUCUUCACACGUUUAUUUGUAGGCUGCGGGGCCACAUAAAUCUGACAAAAUAAAGGCACUUCCAGGCUACUUACAGAUCUGGAGCAGCUGAGCGGAGGACAGAGCCAGCCUCUCCCUAUGGCCAGCGCACGUUUUCCCGGGAAAAAUGGAGAUGUGGCCGUUACCAACUGGACCGCUCCAUCUCUGGGCAGGCCGCUGUGUGUUAACGGGACCCCGUGGAUCCUUUACCUGCUUCAAGAAUGUGUGGAUAACAUCUGGGAGUACUGCAGCGUGGUGAUAGGACUCGUAUCCAUGUUCUGUUUUCUGCUGUCCACUUUACCGCAGGUCUACGAGGCCUAUCGCAAUGGAAAAGUGGAGAAGGCUAUGUCUUUUGGGUUUCUCGUCUUCCUCUUCAGUGGAGACCUGACCAGCUUUGCAGGCUGCUAUCUCACUAGCCAGCUGCCCAUUCAGGUAGUCACGGUGGUGUUUUACAUCUUCACAGACCUGAUCCUCAUCUCCCAGUUUCUCUACUAUAAGAUCAAAAACAGCUCCAGCAGAAAAAAUCCUGUGCUGAAGUGGAUGUGCUUCAUCUGGUGUGGCGCUGGUACAUUAGCACUCCUGGCUUUACCCAAACUCAUUAUAGACAGCGGUACACCUGUAAACACCCAGAGUCCAGCCAGCUCCAAAUCAGUGGAAAUCACUGGUUAUGUAUGUGGAUAUUUGGCAUCCGUUUUCUACCUCUGCUCCCGUUUUCCUCAAAUCCAUAAAAAUUUCCAGCGACAAUCUACAGAGGGCACCUCCUACCUGCUGUUUGCCCUGGCCAUGAUGGGUAAUGGAACAUAUGGGCUAAGUGUCAUAGUGGUCCUUCCUGCAUUAAAGGGCUCCAAACAGACCUUCAUCAUCAAACAUCUGGCCUGGCUCAUUGGCAGUCUGGGAGUCCUCAUACUUGAUUGUUUUGUAACUGCGCAGUUCAUCAUGUACAGGAAGAACAUCUCUGCUAAAAGCAGUGCGCUACUCCACAUCCCAGAGGUGGAACCUCUUCUGAGUGAGGAAGAGGAGCUGACAGUGUUAUAGGACAGAAAUCGAACACCAGCAGAGAGUGGACCGCUCAGUCUUUGGUUUGUUUGUGGUCUUUUUGUGAGCUCUCAGGGUUUGCUGAAUAUUAUUCUGAUUUUGUUGCUGAGAAGAGGACGAACUCCUGCGGAGUGUUAAUAAAGCAGGAAACCCUGCAUAAAAGAUGGGGUCAGUAUUUUCCUUACCACUGGAGAUCAAGUACCAGUUUAGAAGCUGUUCCACAGUUUUUCUUCAGUUGGGCUUGUCUGCAUGGCGGGUCAUUUUUGAUGCACCUGGACUUCAUUUGUUUUUCCACACUCAGAAGAGGAUUCUUGAAACCAGUUUGUUAUUUUACAAAUAAAAGCUUUGUGAACGAGUGGAGACCCUGUUAUAUUAAUUAUUAGGUUUUCAAAGGCAAAUAUUCUUCUGGCUCUGUAGCGAAUCCUUUACAGCCAUGCAGGGGGAAAAAAAAGCUGGUAUGAGAAGAGCCAACACUUUUUAAUGUGAAUCUGACAAUGUUAGAUCAUGUUAAACAGGAUUUGAUCUGAUUUUUAUUUUGUAUUAUUUGCUCAUUUUUAUUUGAAAGAGCUGGUGGAUUUAUCUGCAUUCUGUUCUUUCUUUUCUCCGGGAGAAACAGGUUGUUCCCUUUAAAACUGUUAAUAGUCUCAAUAUAAAUGCAUUGCAUAAACAUGUCAAUCCUGAGUUAUUUCAAGUUCAUGUGAAUCACACUGCUGAAUUAGUUAAUAAUUUAAGGAAGUGCAUUUCUGAAAAGCAGCAGUGGGACUUUUUCCUUCCUUCCUAAUCUCCGUACUCCCUGAACAUGAUGUGCCUGUGAGUGUCGUGGGUUCUCACGUUUUCUUGUGUCUGCGUCGUCUUUUGUAACAUUUCAUGAUGUUUAUUAAAGAAGAAAGGAGACGCGUUUGAUGAUGUGUACUAGGAAACAUCUAAUAAUAGGAGCAUUAUAAAAUUAAGUUUACAGCAGUGCCGAUGCGCUCGUCAAGCCAAGUUUAUUUUAAUAAUGUCUCCUUAUCAGCUUUGUUCGUUUUUCCAGAACUAAUGCUGAGUGAAUAGAUGAGAACAAAGAAGAGAGAAAAAACAGAUCAGCUUAUUUAUGGAUGAGUAUUUUCAUUUUAUGAUUGAUUUUUUUGUAUUUAUUUAGAUUACUAUCAAAAUUAUAACAAGUAAUAUUAAUUAAUGGUAAAUUAAUUAUGAAAUAAUAUUAAAUAACAGUCAUUCUUUAUUGCGACAGAUGGGUUUUGUCAUACAGUAUGCAUGUGGCACAGUCGCCUUUAACCUGAUCAUCUGCUUAACUAACGUUCUGCAGAUUUCUCUACCUCAUGCUAAUGUGGGCAUCUUUUUUUUUUUUUUCGGUGCAUGAAUAUCUGUCAUUAGUUGCAGUACUAGCUCAAGCAAGCAAAUUUAUUUGCAAACAUGCAAUAACUUUUUCACUAAUAAUUCAAGUCUUACUGAUUUAUUGUAUUUUAAAAUUUUUUCUCUGAUUGUUUUUGUAUUGAAUAUAUUUAUAGAACCUGUUGCUGUUUCAGACUGUAGAACAUGUUAAGAUGGAAUGAUUUUAUUUAAGCAUAUUUAACUUUUUCAGAUUCAUUUAAAUUGUCCAUAGCCAGUUAUAUUGUAAUCCUGAGCUCUUCUAGUGUUGCCUUUUAAUAAAUGGAUAUUGUACAAAGCUUAAA